AAACGACUUUUAAGUCAACAAAAGUCGUGCCCUGACCUCGAAAUCCGAGUUCACAUUGAAGACGCCUUUCUGGGUUGACUACCAGUGCAUCACAGUGUGACCGGAGUUGCGAACAGUUGUUUUCUUAAAAGCAUUUCCUAAAAGUUUGAGUUUGUCUUCAGAAAAGUCGCAAAAUAUGAGUGUUUUUUCGGUUUUUUCGGUUUUUUCGGCGAUUUCUUUGACUUUGUUUUGUUCUUUCGUGAAAUGUGAGUCGACUUUAGGUCCGGAAAGAGAAGGAAGAGGAGAAGGAAGAGGAGAAAGAGGAGAAGGAAGAGGAGAAAGAGGAGAAAGAGGAGAAAGAGGACGUUCCUUCGAAAACACAAUAAAGAAUUGCAUUCAGACGUGUCGUCGRCUGUUGUUUCGCGGCGAUAAAGACCUGAAUUACUGUAUAGAAGGAUGUCGUAUAAGAAUUUACCGCAAAAUAUAUGAAUGUGUUUACGAACAGUGCAACGAAAAGGGAAACGGAAUUCCAACCAAAUUCAGUCGCGAACAAUACCACCAAUGCGUCUAUUUGUGUAAAGUCAAACCCAAGUUCAAACCCAUCCAAACCACCGCCACUACACCCACUAUAGCGCCCCUUCCCGGCGUCCCCACCUCACCCGCUCCAACCACAUCAAUGGCAACUCCCGUUCCGAAGAAUCACUUCAUUCCUCUGGAAUACCAUUACUUCAGUGAAAAGAAACGCAAAAACUAUAAAGAAGUGAAAAACAAUGGCAUAAAAGUCUGAUU